CACCAAUGGCAAAGCGUCAAGCAUAAUUUCCCUGAUUGUCAAAUCUUUCAUCGUCUCCGAAUGAAGUCAUUUCUCCGUUCCCAAAUCAAUGUCACUCAAGGAUUCAUGCAGCACAAUAACAAUGAUCCCGAGAUCUGAGCAGGAUCUGACUACAAGAUACUGUUUCCGAUUUUGCCUGUGUCCGCCGACUUGUUGUUGUUCGGCUGCAUUCAAAUAUCAGCCACGUUCUACUUGCAAUAGUCCUCGAUGUAUUCAAAUCUUAAGCUCAUCUGAUACUUUCAAGUCGCCAUUGCGGCAUCUCAUACCUGUCACCGUGCGGAGACGGUGUGGCUAAAUACCUUCACGAAAUUGGUCAUCCUUUUCGGGACCACAGGCACUCGGGACCACCAAAUCUCGCGUCUUCUUCUUCACUUCACAAAGUUG